CUUUUUUUGGGGAAAAGUUGUAUUUGUGUGGUUGGUUUCCAGAAAUUCAUAUUUUUGUUUUUGUUGACAGAGGAGGUGGAGAAGAUGGAAGAAGAAAGGGAUUCAUCCCAAAACAAAGUAUGGCACUCUUACAUCUCAGAGGAUCUGCCUCGCACUGUCCAACAGUCUACCGACUCCGCCAUUCGCUCUGCCCGUUCCAUACAAAAUACAUCCUCCACCCACCUUCGCACUCUUCAGGAUUUUAUGCCAAAGAUUAAAGGCCAGUAUAGAACUUAUGAAGAGGUUUUCUUUAGGAAAAUUAAAGAUGAGUUGGUAUCUGCAAGAGAGCACCCUGCUAUUGCUGGGGGAAUUGGUAUUGCUGCUGGCCUCCUUCUCACGCGAGGACCGAGAAGAUUUCUGUACCGUCAAACACUGGGCCGUCUCCAGAGUGAGGAGGCCAAAUUUAUUAAAGCUGAGAAGAAUGUGAAAGAGUUGGGCCUGUCUGUUGGCUUAAUGAAGAAAGAGAGUAAAAAGUUGCUUGAAAGAGCAUCUCUUGCUGAAAAGGAUAUGAAACGCGGCCAUUCUGACCUCAUGGUUGCUGGGAAUCAGAUUCAAAGUGUUGCAAAAUCUGUCUACAAGGUUGAAGGUCAAGCUGCUGAUUUGAUGGAUGUGCUGCGGGAAAUUCCAGGUAGAGAGGCAUUAAAGCUAAGAGCAGAAGUUGCUUCAAUGGCGUCACAUCUGCGUCAACAAAGAACUGCAAUUGACAAAAGGAUUGUCAAGAUUUCUGAAUUAGGUGUUCCUAUAUGAGAAUUGCCAAUUUCAGAAGAAAUGAAUGAUUUAAGACCAUUGCACUGAUUUUGGUUACGUAAUAACCAUGACAUAUGGAUGAACAAUGAGCUGUGCAUUCUCCUACGUUGUUUAAGCUUUUGAAUGCAAUUUGUUUGUAGAAACUGUAACGAUAUAAGAUUACAUAUCGUAAACUGUAAGUUUGUGGAUUUCUUUUUAUAUGUUUGAGUUAGCCUUGUGCAGGAACACAAGAAAUGAAAAGGAGAUGUCUUCCCCCUUA